UUUCCUCUCCAUUGACAACCGCGCCGCGUCGACAUCGUCAUGACAACCGUGGAAUCCCUCAUAUGUAUAUCCUUCAAACAAGGAAACGAGCGCUGAUCGAAGAAGCGAAGAACCUGUCGAGGAGAUUAAUUAACGUCGAUUUUUGCCCGGAGGAAGGGAAAUGAACGACUGUCUGUCACUAAACGCCAUUUCCGCCCGCGUCGCUCACUUGGCGAAGGAUAAGGAAGAGAAACGUGCUCAAGAACGUCGGCGACAUCUUAUUUAUCUUAUCACUGCCUUUUUACGGGAACAAGGAUAUUCUAACACAGCGGAGAGUCUAUUCAAAGAAGCUCAGCUCUCUCGAGACAUUCAAGUAUGUGACAAUAUCGACCUGGAGACUAUUAUUCUUGAAUAUACUGAUUAUUAUCACGCCAAGUACAACAGGUACCCGAAACUAUGUAAGAAGGCAGAAGCAACCACCGGAAAUGUGCCACAGAAUGUCAAUAAAAAAGAGAGACCCACGAGGGUCCUCAAUUCGAAGCAAGAGGAUAGUCGUAUCACCGAGGAGUGCAACAGUAUUGGAAGAAAUAAAAUCGUCCAGAAACAAUCGUCCGCGUGGGACGAAUUGAAUCUCGGUAUCACGGUAACGCCAAUUUUUCCUGCGGAAAGUGGCGAUCGAGUCAUACAUCCGCUGAUGUCCGGCGAAACUGCCGCUGAUAAUGAGAGACUACUGAGACCCAUCGGUGAUCUUUAUCCAUCUGGCUCCGAAUUGAAAGAAAUCGCCGACGUUAUAUCACGGGAAAUCGUGCAACAAAAGUUGAACGUUCAUUGGGACGACAUAAAAGGAUUAAAGAAUUGCAAGACGUUAUUAAAGGAAGCUAUAUUGUACCCCAUGAAAUAUCCAAAUCUGUUUAGCGGAAAACUCGGUUCUUGCAAAGGCGUAUUGUUAUACGGUCCACCGGGAACUGGAAAGACAAUGCUCGCGAAAGCGGUCGCCACAGAGUGUCAUUCGACCUUUUUUAAUAUCACUUCCAGUUCUGUCAUUAGCAAAUGGAGAGGCGACUCCGAAAAAUAUAUUCGCGUACUCACCGAUCUUGCUAAACAUUAUGCGCCUACGAUAAUCUUCAUCGAUGAAAUCGAUUGGACGACCACAAACAACGUGGACUAUGGUUCGUCGAGUUCGGAACCUGCUAGAAGGUUUCGAGCGGAACUUCUCGCCAGAUUAGAUGGAUUAUUAUCAUUGGAUAAUAUUAAUGUAAUAUUAUUAGCAGCUACAAACGUUCCCUGGAAUAUCGACGUUGCCUUAUUGAGACGUUUAGAGAAGCGAAUUUUUGUGGAUCUCCCCGACGAGGCUAGUCGAUUGGAAAUAUUACGGUUUUAUGUGCGUGACAAUUUACACGAUUCGUCGGAAAUGUUUAAAUUAGUCCAAGAAACCACAGGAUAUUCCUGCGCGGAUUUGAAGCUGCUGUGCAAGGAAGCAUGGAUCAAUCAGUUGCGGCCUAUUUGGGCGAGUCUCGAGACCAAAGCAAUUUCCGUCAGCGAUAUUCGAAACGACGGUCAGAUCAAUGCAAUGAGUUAUCUUACGUCUGCAAAACAUAAUGUAAAACCCACCGCCAAGCAUAUAAACGCGCAAUAUAUAGAAUGGCAUAAACAAUUUGGUUGUUCUAAAUGAGUAGGAAAAUAGCAGGAGCACUUGGAGUCAUAAUUAUAAUAAAAAAAAAGAGCAGAUAUGUGUAAUAUGUAUAAUAAUUAGACAUAAUGCAUAUAAUUAGAUUCAUUUUUUCUCA